CAAGUGAUGGUCCCGGGGUUUAUCCCGUAAUUGGAGUGUCUAUCGCAAAUACUUCUCAUUUACCUGCUGAUAAAUUACAGCCUGGUCAGAUUGCUCGGAUCACAACAGGUGGGCCUGUGCCUCCUGGCGCCACAGCAGUAGUAAUGGUUGAAGAUACAACCCUAGUACGUGCAUCUGAAGAUGGUCUACAAGAAGAGUCUGUAGAAAUUCACGUUCAAGUUAGUGAUGGUGCAAACAUUAGAGAAAUUGGAUCAGAUACUAGCGUUGGGACCAUUGUUGCACGAAAGGGUGAACUUUUUUCAGCAGUAGGUGGGGAAAUCGGGGUUUUGGCGUCAGUAGGUGUAAAAGAGGUUUGUGUAUACAAACGCCCAGUAUUUGGCGUUUUGUCAACUGGAAAUGAAGUUGUAGAUCACAAAAAUGCGUCCGAAUUAAAGUACGGUCAAAUAUUCGAUAGUAAUCGACCCACAUUAUUGGCAAUUGCUAAAGCUACUGGUUUUGAAGUCAAGGAUUUUGGAAUUGUCUUUGAUGAUGCAAAAGAGUUAGAGAAAAAGCUAAAAGAAGCUUUAACACAAGUCGAUGUGUUAGUCUCAACUGGAGGU